AUGAUUAUUAUAUUUUUUUUCCUUUAUUCAGUACUAUCAUAUACAUUUGUGAUUCAUGGAGAAAAUACAACCACAAUCGAAUAAGACUCAAUUUUAUCUUCCAAAUUUUCUCUAACAAACCCCAUUUAAACUCAAUGUUCGCCUAUUCGACUUUACAUUGUUGGCUCAACUUAAAAUCAAAGCGAAUUUAUUGUAAAAAACAAUAAUGAAACCGAUUUACACUUUUAAUUUAACAUCACAUCAGUUGAUAGCGAUAUCAUAAGCGUUCAUCAUAAUAAAUAAUUAGAAAAGAUUACUAUAAAACCUAAUAAUUCAUUUGAAUUUCAUGUAAAUUAUAUCUGCUUGAAGCAAAUCGGAGAAUAAACUUGGACAACAAUUCAAAUUAUGUAUUAAUUUAACGAAAACCAACACAUUGCAUAUUAUUACAAAUUCUGUGGAGCUUCAGAGACAUUUUUUCAUCCAUUAGCAGUUUUGUUGUUUUUUUCUUUAUGUAUUAUAGUGAGCGGGUCUAUUUAUGGAAUUAAAGAAUGGAAAUUGUUUGGGGGAUCCUAGACAGAAGCUUAUGGACCUAAAGCUGCAAUUAUUUUUAUAAUUGUUUCAAGCUUUCUUUUGAUAUCACUAUAUAAGUUUUAAACUUUUGCUUCUAGUUUCACUUACAUUAUCAUGAUGUUUACAGCUUUUAUUUCAAUAGAAACAAUAUUGUUGGACAUGUAAAACGAGUACUCCUAUUCUAACAAUAUUAAAAUAUUGUUCUCAACAAUAAUGAGUGGUACCCUUAUCAUUCUAUAUCAUCAUACAAAAACCUGGAUUCUAAAUAAUAUCUUAGCAGUUUCUAUAAUAUUUUUUAGUUUUCGAAUUUUAGAGUUUGAUUCUUUAAAAACAGGGACUAUCUUUAUGCUUUUAGCUUUGCUCUAUGACAUGUUUUGGAUAUUUGUUAGCCCAACCAUUUUUGGUUAGUCUGUUAUAUAGAACAUCACAACCACAAUUGAAUUACCUAUAAAACUCUUAAGUCCAUCAUUAAUAAAAAAUUGUAAUUCCCCUUAUUAACAAUGUUCAAUUUUAGGAAUUGGCGAUAUUCUUAUUGUAGGAUUGAUCAUAAAAUACAUUCUAAAAUUUGAAAAGCUGUCUGGAGAAAAUAGUUUAAUAUUUUUUUCAUCAAUUUUAGGAUAUGGGAUUGGAUUAACAUCCUAUUUCAUUUUAAUCUAUUUUUAUCAUAUUUAAUAUCCAGCAUUAUUUUAUAUUAUACCUACUACCUUCUUAUCAAUAGUUGUCCCAAGCACAUUGAAAUCAUUGUUCCUUCAGAUUUGGAAUGGUACAUUUGUAAUUCAAUUAAUUGAGGAAUAAGAGUUAGAAAUGAUUUGA